UGCCGGGAGCGGGCUACCGGAGGUAAAGGCAUUGGGAGGGAAGGCCAGGGGCCGAGACUACCUUCCAGCAACCUGCCCAGUCCCACUUGCCGCCCCGGCACUGGCGACAUUCAGAUGCCCCCUGCUCCGCCGCGCCAGCUGAAAACUUUGCCCCGCUAAGUCUUCUGCCCGCCUGACUGCGCCGUGAGGCGCCUGGUGGGCCGCGCGCCCCCGGGGCCCCGGAAACCCGCACGUGAUUGCGGGACCACCUCGUACCCUGGGUCCGCGGCGCCCUGCCGCCAGGAUGCGCUACGCGGACCCCUCGGCCAACCGGGAUUUACUGGGGAAUCGAACUUUGCUCUUCAUCUUCAUCUGCGCCUUCGCCUUGGUGACCUUGCUGCAACAGAUCCUGUACGGCAGGAACUACAUUAAGAGAGGCCUCCAGUUUGGUUGGCAGAGUGGUGACCAGCUGGCCAAUUGGACGGGGCUCUUUAAUAUCACGGACGACCAAGCAGUGCAGAGCGGCAGUGACUCCAGCUCCAGGUACUUUGAAUUUUACGAGGGGCCUUUUGAAUAUAACUCCACGAGAUGCCUGGAACUGAGGCACGAAAUACUGGAAGUGAAGGUGCUGUCCAUGGUGAAGCAGUCGGAGCUGUUCGACAGGUGGAAGAGCCUCCAGAUGUGCAAAUGGGCGAUGAACAUCUCUGAAGCCAACCAGUUCAAGUCCACUCUGUCCAGGUGCUGCAAUGCCCCCGCCUUUCUCUUCACCACCCAGAAGAACACUCCCCUGGGGACAAAGCUCAAAUAUGAGGUGGACACCAGUGGCAUCUACCACAUCAACCAGGAGAUCUUCCGGAUGUUUCCCAAGGACAUGCCCUACUACCGGUCCCAGUUUAAGAAGUGUGCAGUGGUGGGCAAUGGAGGCAUCCUCAAGAACAGCCGCUGCGGGAGGGAGAUCAACAGCGCCGACUUCGUCUUCCGGUGCAACCUGCCCCCCAUCUCAGAGAAGUACACCAUGGAUGUGGGGGUGAAGACGGACGUGGUCACCGUGAACCCCAGCAUCAUCACAGAGAGGUUCCACAAAUUGGAGAAGUGGCGGCGGCCCUUCUACCGCGUGCUGCAGGUGUACGAGAACGCAUCCGUGCUGCUGCCCGCCUUCUACAACACGCGCAACACCGACGUGUCCAUCCGCGUCAAGUACGUGCUGGACGACUUCGAGUCGCCGCAGGCCGUCUACUACUUCCACCCGCAGUACCUGGUCAAUGUGUCGCGCUAUUGGCUCAGCCUGGGCGUGCGGGCCAAGCGCAUCAGCACCGGCCUCAUCCUGGUCACCGCGGCGCUCGAGCUCUGUGAGGAGGUGCACCUGUUCGGCUUCUGGGCUUUCCCCAUGAACCCCUCGGGCCUCUACAUCACCCACCACUACUACGACAAUGUCAAGCCACGCCCCGGCUUCCACGCUAUGCCCUCCGAGAUCUUCAACUUCCUGCACCUUCAUAGCCGCGGCAUCCUCCGCGUGCACACAGGCACCUGCAGCUGCUGCUGAUAGAGGCCACACCAAGCUGCCCAGCAGAUAGACUCUUCUUCUUCCCUCCUGCUGGAACUGAGAGCCCCUUGCAGGCCACCGGAGGCCUGGCCUUAGGGCUGUCACUCCCUCAGUAGUUCAGCUUUGUGCUUGGGUCCUGGGGCGGGAGGCGGAGAUGGGACUGGAGCGGAGAGCUUUGUGCUAAACAGCCCGGGCAUGGUCUCAGCCCUGCGCCUCCACCUGCCCACGGGUAGCAUGCUGCUGGGUCACACCCCAAGAUCAGAGGGUUCUGGGGAUUGCAAGUGAAUAAAGCACAUUUCCACUUAAUUUUAGCAGCUGAGAGAGCACAAGCAGUAUGGGCCUUAUUGCAGCUACAGGCAGGUCCUACAGAGAAUGGAGGAGGAGAGAGGACACUUGAUAGGAUACUUGAGCAGUCAGGAUUUAAUUAAGACUUUUGGGUUCCUGAGUUUUAUAGUGAGGACUCAAGCCUCAAUUGUGAUCUAGGAUCCUAGAGCCUGGAAGCCACCCCAGCGACCAGAACUUUUCAGUGAGGAAGAAGUGGCUCAGAGAGGUCCCAGGAUUUAUCCACAAGAUCACGCCAGCUGAUGGGUUCAUGAAGUAACGUUGUGAGAGCUAAUUUGGGGCCUGUGUGAGGAUCUUUGCUGAGACACCAUCAGCUGAAAAGAGCCACCUCCUUUCAAACACACCCUUGGACACACAUGCACACACACACACACACACACACAC